AUGACAAUGAUGAGCAGGUUCGCCCAGCCCCAGAUGAAUGGAAUCCAUGUCGACAUCCAAAACGGACCGGCCAGGUACGCGGCGCCAAUGCUGGGUAGGUCGGUCAGCAGAGUUCUCGGUUUGCCCCCUUUCGCGUUCCGCGUGCAACAACGCUCCUGCCUCCUGCGCCAGCCGAGGGACAGCAACCUACAUCAACCCGACAAAACUGCCGGCAAACAGGGCCUCGAUACCCGCGACUACCGUGUACCGCCAGUACUCGGGCCGCCCAGAGUAGAUGAGCUGCAUCGCCAGCGCAAUCACGGCGGCGCCCGCGUGGAAAACGGCGUACAGAAUCACCGUCCAGAGCAGCGUGAACCGCCAAAUGUCGUACAGAUAGUAGAGGCUGCCGUGCGCCGUCGGUGUCUGCGGCGGCCAGUAGAGGCUCGGGAACUCGGGCGUCUUGUAACCGGGCGGCGCCUGGCUGAAGCUGGCAUAGGACGUGCCAUUGUCCGCGGGCGCGGUCAUCGUCGACGAUGGCGACGACAGUGA